ACUUCUCACACUUCCCACAUUAUGUGAAGUCCAGUUGCAGUGUAGUUACGGUAAACACCUCAGAUCGAUGAGCUGCUGUCAGAUAGCUCUCAGUUUGAUCUGAAACAGUUGAAGCUGAGAUGAGUCUGCCAACCAGGGAACAGUUUGAGGAGUGGAGCACAGCACAGGUAGCCAGCUUCUUGUCUCAGAACAAGAUGCGAGACUGUGCUACAACAGUGCAGAGAAUGAAGAUUGAUGGUCGGUGGUUUCUGAAACUCUCUGACAGCGAUCUGAGCAAGUUCAGCCUCAUCCACCGACCGCAAAUCCAAAAAUUAGUUCAGGACAUCAAAAAGAACGACGACAGCAUUUUCAAUCGAAUAAAACGGUUCCAAACUGAACAGACAGCCAACAUUCUUAAAACUGGAAGAAAUACAAUAGACAGACUAAAAAACAAAGCACCUCCGAAGGUACCUGCAAGAGACUACCCUGGUGAUAAUCAGGAUUCUGGGCAGUCAUCCGAUUCAGAAUUUGACAAUGACCUGUAUGAAGAACCACAGGCUGAUUAUAACUAUGAGCCUCCGCCUUGUGAGAGAGUCUUCACUCCACCCCGACAGAUCAACUACACUGGAGGAGACUACCUGGACACACGUCCUGGUCGACAAACCGGUAAACCGAUGACGCCCUUCCUACCAACCAAACCUCCAAUUCCAGAGAAGCCUAAGCAACAAGCAAAGUAUGAUGAGGAUUACAUUGAUCCAGAGGAUGACACAGACGAUAACUAUAUUGACCCUUCUGAAAAAGAUCACCAAGGAAUGCAGUCAGGACGCUCAUACAGUCCAGACGUCUAUGAGGUUCCUGACCAUGACAGUUCUCCAUCCGUCAGCAGGUGCACCCAAAAGCUACAACCCCCUGCCCUACAGCUCCCCCCUAAACCAAGUCCCAGAAAUAACAUGAAGAAACCGGUUGUCUGUCCAGAGCCAGAGGAUGAGGAUGACUAUGAAGUUUGUAUUGAUGAUAACAGUUUACCAGAAGAACAGGAGAAGAAGGCUGCAGAAGAAAGACGGCCUUCUAUCCCUGUCCCUUUGCCAAGAGAAGCGAAGAUUCAAAAAUCCUUAGGUUUCCAGAAACCAAGCGUUCCAUCUAGAGACCAGGAAGCUCGGGAUUUGGUCUCUCCAUCCACUACGGGAUUUCAUAUUAUAAACAGGCCUCCGCCACGUGACAACCACUGCCAGAAGUCUCCACCAGGGAGAGGAAGCUUAUCUCAGGAGGACAGUGCCACUAGGCAGCAAGAGGAGGAGGCUGGUGUGUAUAAGAAGCCGUGGUAUGCCGGGACCUGUGACCGCAAAACGGCAGAGGACGCACUCAUCCGAUCAGCCAAGGAUGGUUCAUACCUGGUGAGGAAGAGCUCAGGUGUGGACGCCCUGCAGCCCUACACUUUAGUCGUGUUCUACAACGGACGGGUUUACAACAUCCCAGUGCGCUACAUUCCUAGCGCAAAACAGUACGCCCUGGGCAAGCAGAAGAACAGAGAAGACCGAUUCAAAACUGUCUCAGAAAUCAUCGAGAACCACCAAAAGAACACAAUUGUGUUGGUGGACAUGCAAAGCAACACAAAAGACACCACCAGUCUCAGGCAUGCUGUAAAGCCAUGACUCGAUUCCACUGUGGUGGUUCAGCAGCACACAACUUCUUGCACCGUCACGAAUCUCCAGAACAUCUGAGAACAAACAGUUUGGUGAAGACUGGGGGACAAAAAACGUCGUUUAGCCGGGAUGCGACAGGCUGCGGGAAUAAUGUAAUACUGAUCAAAAAGCAAAGUGCUGCUCAUACUGACAAGUGGCUUGUAAAAGUGUGUAAAAUAUUCUUACAUAUGCUGUAUUUAAUGCACUUAUAUAACAUAUUUUGCUUCAUCUCAAGACAAGAGAAUUUAGUAAGAUAUUUUGAAACAAUCAUUUUUAAUAAUGAGACUCAGGAUGAAAGUGGAAGCCGAAUUAGCUUAACUUCUAGUGUACACAUUUCUGUAUUUCAAAUGAUGGCCAUUCCAAGUUUGAACAUUUCUCACAUUUGUGCUUUGUAAACAUACAUUUGUACUCAAUCUAAA